AUGGCUCUUUCGGAUUCCAUGUUUUUGUUCGAAAUUAUCAUAGAAGAACUAAAAAGUUUGUUUGAUACUAAGGAUUACAGUAUAUAUAGUCAGUUCGCAGAUAUCUUUCAAUUAUACCUUAAAAACCCGAAUGAAUUGGGUACGUCCACACCAAAACAGACAAAGAAAAAGUUUUCAAAAAAAUCAAAAGUAAGAGUCAGAAAGUCAAUAGCAACAAAAUCUUCAACAGAAUCUAAGGUAAGAUUAGUCAGAUCUGUAUUGAUCUCUAAUUCUAGUGAAAUUCUCAAGGACAACAUGAGGAAAUACCCAUUAGAAAUAUCUUUUCGAAGUAAAUAUAAGCCUGAAAUUAUCCUGGCGUCUAAUCAAAUACCUUGGAGUGAUGAAUUCAUAUAUUAUUUGAACGAAUUAGAUACAAAAGAUAAUAUGCAUUCAAUAACUGUAGAUGGGAAAUAUAAUGUAUUUCAUGAAUAUACAUCGAAAUGUAUAGCCACCAUUAAAUUAAACAUAAAAUUAUGUUGUGUAAAAGGCACCCAGUUGAAUUUCUUAUCAAAUACUGCGCCAGCGAUAAAAGAAGAACCAAAAAGAGAUUUAAGAGAUGAAACUGGAAUAAUUAAAACCAUAUAUGCUGGAGGUAAAACGAAACUCAAACGUUCGAGUGGUUCACCACUUCUAAUAAAAACUUUGGAAACGUCCAUAGCAGAAAACAAAAUGAAUAAAGAAGAUGCCAAUUACAUCGAAUAUAAUAGCAAUAAUUGUAGUAGAAAUAAAAUCGUCUCUCUUGUAAAGAGUUAUACCGAUAUACGGCUUAAGAAAAAAGUGUCUUUAGUAAAAUCACAGUCUUGUCAUUUUUUUGAGUAUGGCAGACAAUUAAAUACCUUGAAUUAUAUUUUUGGGAAUAACAGAGGUCCCUUUGGGAAUCAAGUGUAUUGUGUUGGCUAUUUUACUGUUCAAAAUGAAUUUGCCGAGAAACCUGUAACAUCUAAAGAAUCUGUAAAAGAUAGCAAAAGUUCUGAAAAAUCAGCUGUAGGCACAGAGAAAUACCAAUUCAAAUUGUGCGAUGACGAAUGUCCUAGUAAAAAAGCUAGUACUUUUGGUUCUCCUAGCCAUUGCUCGUUAGAUUUGCCAAAAGAUGCGGCACAUUUAAUAAGUAUAAAAAAAUGUGAUCAAGUGGAUUGUGAUUUUGCGAAAACUAGGGAGCCUCCCAGUCCACCAGAUGAGAGAUUAAUGGUGGAUUUGUCUAGUAUGAGAAGAGACAGUUGUGUAAUGCAAGAAAAAAUUGAACAAAUAGUAGGAGGAAUGACAGCAAAAAUGCAAAUGGGUGCUGAACCUUGUUAUUGUUCUUGUGAAUGCACUUUUGGAUUUACAAAAAAGACGACAUAUUGUCACGUCUGCGGUGGCGUUGAAAAAUUUGGUGAAGAGAAAUUAGGACCAUUAGCCUUCCCGUGCCCGAUUUAUCAUAAAUUAGUAGAUAAAAAUAAACUGAAAACUGUUAGUUCUGGAAGCGACAGUAAAAAGAAAAGUUCUAAGCACCCAGACAAAAGCGGUGAAUCCGAAAAAGAAAAUAAAAAAGGCAAAAAGAAAAAAAAGGAUGAUAGAUUCAAGUUUAACUAUGGUUAUACAGUCAAUGUGCUAUGCCAUGUACAGUUUCGUCCUAUGUGGAAGCCUGGGGCUACCAAUAAGUAUGUAGUGCGGUUACUAAAGAUUGCAAAGAAUCCUGAUGAAGCUAUUUCUAAGAAACGUAAGAGAGAACCAAAGAAAAAGCCACUCAAGAGGCCACUUUUAGUUGUCCAUAAAAAAGAUGGUGAAUUCACCGUCACAAUGGAAACAAUGAAAGCUUAUGCAAAGCAAAGAGCUAUCAAUCAACAACCUUACGAAGAAAAACCUUUAGUGACAUACACGAUUGGAAGGAGUGAGGAGGAAAAUCGUGAGAGGCGGAAAAAGAAAGAGCGUGCACAGAGGCGACUUGAAAGAGAUCAACGUGAUUUUAUUCAAAGUGCUUUUAAAGAUAUGUGUCAAGAAAUCUGUCUUAAAACAUAUCAACAAGCGUUGGGCAUUUUGCCGAAUGCUGAAGAUCCUGAAUGUACCUGUUAUCCCGCUGAACCAGGACCCGAUAGAACAAACAUGGACCGUUCAUGUUCAUGCUCAGAAGAUUCAGUGUCUUUAGGCUCAGAUACAGACUCUGAUGAAUGGAUUGUCGAAUUCACGCCACCUAAUGCCUAUUUCGAUCCGACUUAUAAAGGAAAAAAAGUAAUGAAAGUUGAAAAAGAAACGCAAUAUUCGUAUUUAGAUUACAGAGUUAAGCUAGUUGAUAAAUACGGAAAUCCAGUCCCUAGAUUUUUUAAAGGUCCUGAUGGUAAACAACAAUGUAGUGAUUUAGGUGGUUUUUGGAGUCCAGAACAUGAGUGGUUAGAAAUUAACGUUGAUGGAUAUAUAGCGCCCGACAAUCGGUGGGCUCCUAUGUCUUUCAUAGGACCAAAUGGAGAUCAGAUAGAUACAGAAGAUGGUAAAUUCCAAGUGGCAAAUGGGAAGUGGUUAGUCGUCGGUGUCGAUGGUUAUAUAGAUAGUCGCGGAAAAUGGCGUUUUUAUUCUAAACCGAGAGCUUCACCUGUUCAGAAAAAGGUACGACCUACCGCCAAGAAGGCUGUCAAAAAAGGAGACCACAAGCCAAUAAUGGUUGAGCCAUCUGAAACAACUUGGAGUUGUUUCGGAGAUGCUAGUCCGGUAGCCUUGUCUAAAAUGGGAAUUGUCGGGCAUGGUAUAGACAGAAAAUUGUUAGCAGCAACACUUAAACGAAUGUUAGAUCGCGGAGAAGAUGUAACGAUACCUCAGCCUUCAGUAGUUCCCAGACGACUUGGAUCCAAAAAAAGUAAGAAAGCUCGUUCACCUGUGUUUGAUCGGCAAAAUUAUUUCGAAGAAAGAACAAAAUGUAGACACCCUGUUCCUUCAAAAAAGGGUGUUAUAGCUGUGAAUGCACACGGAGAUAAGAUCUAUUUCAAACUCAAGGAUCAUAAAAAUAAAAGGCCAUAUGAACGACUUGCUAAGUUAAAUGAACAAGGAAUAAGCUUAAGUGAUUUCCAUGUGGCCAAUGGCUGGAAACCAGGAGCUAUAUCGAAAUGUCUUCUACGAAAGCUCAAAAAGGCAAAACUUCGGAGACAUGCUGUGGAAAGUAGUAAGCCAACGAAGAAAGCUAAAAAGCGUACCGAGGCUAAACCAACACUUAUAGUAUGUAAAGUAAACGGUGAAUAUCGCAUUGAAAUGCAAACGUCACCGGAAAAUAACGAAGGCAACAACGAACAAUAUUCGCCUUUAGUAUAUAAAAUAGCGAAACCUUCGAACAAAGAUAAAUUAGCCAAGUUGCAGUUGAAGAAGAGAUGCUUGGUUAAAGAAAUCAUUGGAGAUUUUGAGGAUCCUUAUCAUCCGGAGAUUUGUGAGAAGACUUGUUUGAAAGCUUACAAACAGGCGAUAGGUCUGUUGCCGAAUGAUCAUAAUAAUCCGGAGUGUUCGUGUGGUGAUUGUGUGCAGGAAGAGUCCUCCGAGAGCUGCCAUUGCGAAUACGAUGACGUCAGUUCCGAUUGCAGUUCAAUGGAUAUAGAUUGGGAGAUACACUUUUCUCCACCAAUAACAUCACAUUCUUAA